CCUAUGGAUCGGCCGCUCCAUGGAGCCCUCCAGAGCGCUUCUCGGCUCCCUGGCGAGCGCCGCCGCUGCCGCCCCGCCGGGGGAGGAUGGAGCGGGGGCCGGGGCCGAGGAGGAAGAGGAAGAGGAGGAGGAGGCGGCAGCGGCCCCCGGAGAUCUGGGCUCCGACACGCCGAUGCCCUACUGGACGGCGGUGUUCGAGUACGAGGCGGCGGGCGAGGACGAGCUGACCCUGCGGCUGGGCGACGUGGUGGAGGUGUUGUCCAAGGACUCGCAGGUGUCCGGCGAUGAGGGCUGGUGGACCGGGCAGCUGAACCAGCGUGUGGGCAUCUUCCCCAGCAACUACGUGACCCCGCGCAGCGCUUUUUCCAGCCGUUGCCAGCCUGGCGGCGAGGACCCCAGUUGCUACUCGCCCAUUCAGUUGUUAGAGAUUGAUUUUGCGGAGCUAACCCUGGAAGAGAUUAUUGGCAUCGGAGGCUUUGGGAAGGUCUAUCGUGCUUUCUGGAUAGGGGAUGAGGUCGCCGUGAAAGCAGCCCGCCAUGACCCCGAUGAGGACAUCAGCCAGACAAUAGAGAACGUUCGCCAGGAGGCCAAGCUCUUUGCCAUGCUGAGGCACCCCAACAUCAUUGCCCUUAGAGGGGUGUGUCUGAAGGAGCCCAACCUCUGCCUGGUCAUGGAGUUUGCUCGUGGAGGGCCUUUGAAUAGAGUGUUAUCUGGGAAAAGGAUUCCUCCAGACAUCCUGGUGAACUGGGCCGUGCAAAUUGCCAGAGGGAUGAACUACUUACACGAUGAGGCAAUUGUCCCCAUCAUCCACCGCGACCUUAAAUCCAGCAACAUAUUGAUCCUCCAGAAGGUGGAGAACGGAGACCUGAGCAACAAGAUUCUGAAGAUCACUGAUUUUGGCCUGGCUCGGGAAUGGCACCGAACCACCAAGAUGAGCGCAGCAGGGACGUAUGCCUGGAUGGCACCCGAAGUCAUUCGUGCCUCCAUGUUUUCCAAAGGCAGCGACGUGUGGAGCUACGGGGUGCUGCUCUGGGAGUUGCUGACCGGUGAGGUCCCCUUCCGAGGAAUCGAUGGCUUAGCAGUCGCUUAUGGAGUGGCCAUGAACAAGCUUGCCCUUCCCAUUCCUUCCACGUGCCCAGAACCCUUUGCCAAACUCAUGGAAGAUUGCUGGAAUCCUGACCCCCAUUCGCGUCCAUCUUUCACAAAUAUCCUGGACCAGCUGACCACCAUAGAGGAGUCUGGUUUCUUUGAAAUGCCCAAGGACUCCUUCCACUGCCUGCAGGAUGACUGGAAGCAUGAGAUUCAGGAGAUGUUUGACCAACUCAGGGCCAAAGAAAAGGAGCUCCGCACCUGGGAGGAGGAGCUGACUCGGGCUGCACUGCAGCAGAAGAACCAGGAGGAGCUUCUGCGGCGCCGGGAGCAGGAGCUGGCCGAGCGGGAGAUCGACAUCCUGGAGCGGGAGCUCAACAUCAUCAUCCACCAGCUGUGCCAGGAGAAGCCCCGGGUCAAGAAGCGCAAGGGCAAGUUCAGGAAGAGCCGGCUGAAGCUCAAGGACGGAAACCGCAUCAGCCUCCCUUCCGAUUUCCAGCACAAGUUCACGGUACAAGCCUCCCCGACCAUGGAUAAAAGGAAGAGUCUGAUCAACAGCCGCUCCAGCCCACCUGCAAGCCCCACCAUCAUUCCUCGCCUUCGAGCCAUCCAGUUGACACCAGGGGAAAGCAGCAAAACCUGGGGCCGAAGCUCUGUCGUCCCGAAGGAGGAAGGGGAGGAGGAGGAGAAGAGGGCCCCCAAGAAGAAGGGACGGACGUGGGGGCCAAGCACCCUUGGUCAGAAGGAGUUUGCCUCGGGAGAUGAAGGCCUCAAGUCCCUGGUAGAUGGAUACAAACAGUGGUCGUCCAGUGCCCCCAACCUAGGGAAGGGCCCGAGGAGUAGUCCUGCCCUUCCAGGGUUCACCAGCCUUAUGGAGAUGGAGGACGAGGACAGCGAAGGCCCACGAAGUGGGGAGAGUCGUCUCCAGCAGUCGCCCAACCAGUCCUACCUCUGUAUCCCAUUCCCUCGCGGAGAGGAUGGGGAUGGCCCCUCCAGCGACGGCGUCCACGAGGAUCCCACCCCUGUCAACUCAGCCACCAGUACCCCUCAGCUGACGCCGACCAACAGCCUCAAGCGGGGCGGCCCCAACCACCGCCGCUGCGAGGUGGCCCUGCUCGGCUGUGGGGCUGUCCUUGCAGCCACAGGCCUCGGGUUUGACCUGCUGGAAGCCGGCAAGUGCCAGCUGCUGCCCCCAGAGGAGCCCGAGCCACCGGCCCGGGAAGAGAAGAAGAGGCGGGAGGGUCUCUUCCAGAGAGCCAGCCGUCCUCGUCGCAGCACCAGCCCCCCGUCCCGGAAGCUCUUCAAGAAGGAGGAGCCCCUGCUCUUGCUAGGAGACCCCUCCGCCUCCCUGACGCUGCUUUCUCUGUCGUCCAUCUCCGAGUGCAACUCCACCCGCUCCCUGCUGCGGUCCGACAGCGAUGAGAUUGUGGUGUAUGAGAUGCCCGUCAGCCCCGUGGAGGCCCCGCCCCUGAGCCCCUGCACCCACAACCCCCUGGUCAAUAUCCGAGUGGAGCGCUUCAAGCGGGAUCCGAAGCAGUCCCUGACCCCCACCCAUGUCACCCUCACGGCCCCAGCACAGCCCAGUGCUCACCGGCGGACUCCUUCGGAUGGGGCCCUCAAGCCCGUGGCCUCUCGAGACAGCAGGAGCCCCUCCAGCAACGGGCUGAGCCCCAGCGCUGGUGCAGGAAUGUUGAAAACCCCCAGCCCCAGCCGAGACCCAGGUGAAUUCCCCCGUCUCCCUGACCCCAACGUGGUCUUUCCCCCGACCCCAAGGCGCUGGAACACACAGCAGGACUCCACCUUGGAGAGACCCAAGACCCUGGAGUUUCUGCCGCGGCCACGUCCUUCUGCCAACCGGCAACGGCUAGACCCUUGGUGGUUUGUGUCCCCCAGCCAUGCCCGUAGCGCCUCCCCGGCCAACAGCUCCAGCACAGAGACGCCCAGCAACCUGGACUCCUGCUUUGCCAGCAGCAGCAGCACCGUAGAGGAGCGGCCUGGGCUGCCAGCCCUGCUCCCAUUCCAGGCGGGGCCGCUGCCCCCUGCCGAGCGGACGCUUCUGGACCUGGAUGCAGAGGGCCAGAGUCAGGAUAGCACCGUGCCGCUGUGCAGAGCUGAACUGAACACACACAGGCCUGCCCCUUAUGAGAUCCAGCAGGAGUUCUGGUCUUAGCAUGGAAAGGGUCAGGGGUGGGCAAGGGGGAAGCAGGAGGAGAUGGGGUAGCUGGCUGGCACAGCCCUUUCUCAGAGUUGGACCCCCUGAGCUCCCGCCCUACUUCUUGCACUGAUAAUGCACUUUGAAGAUGGAAGGGAUGGAAGCAGGGCCACUUCAGAGGGUCUCUUGCCUUGCAGGACCCUUCUCCCCAGGUCCCCUGGAGGGGCUGUGGCCGUCAGCUCUGGCUGUGUAGGGGAGGGAGGGGCGUGUGCAUGUCCCCCACCCUCCACAGUCUUCCUCGCCUUCAGGGUGACCCUGCAGAGUCACUCAGCCGAAUCUGUCUGCUGCUUCCCCUCCUCAGCCCCUGGGUGUGCCCUCCUGGUUAGUCCUGAGUUCAGCCUUCCCAAACACCAGGCUUGGGUGUCCUGUGAUUGAUUUUGCUCCUCUUCCACAUUCUUCCCCCAUACUCAUGGAUCAGAAUUUGAUUCGGUGCAAGACGUGAGCUUGUCUGUGUCCUGCGCCCUUUGGUACCGGCUGAGGGCAAGGUGCUCCGGCCUCGGGCACAGGAGUUGAUGGAGCUGGCACCACCUACUGCACUGUCAGGCGCCCCACUUAUGUAUUUGAGCCUCCUGGGGUGGGGUCCUGCCUCUGUGAGAACGGGGGGAGAAGCAGGAGUUAGGAAAUACAGUCGAGUGGCGUAAAGAGGGUAGCAGUCUCUCUGUCCUCGUUUCUUUUGCAAACACUUGGAGAAAGGGCAGAACCGGCACCUGUUGACGGCAUCCAUCUCCUACCUGGAGUCUAGUCGUGGUCCGAGCAGGUGGUGAUGCAAACACAUGCACCUCCCAGAAGGAGUUUCUAGGGAGACUCACUCACCGGCGCUAGUUCUGAAGCCGGAGACAAAGUUCCUGUGUUUGUCCCGUUUGUCAUCUGAUCUAAAUGAGUUCUUCUCUUCUCUUGAUCAUUCCUCCACUCUCUGGAAUCAGUGGACUUCAGGUUAUGUGUUUGAUGGGGAGAUAUUUCUGCACUGCACCAGAACAGCAGUGGGGGUGGGUCCGGGACCCUGGGAGUUGGAGCUGUGGGGAGUCCUUCCUGUCCAGUCAUUGUUCUGUGAUGCCCCCGAGGUAACUGGGAGCCCUCAGCUCCUUGUGUAGAUGGCUGUGGUGAGGUAAUGAUGUUUGUAAGGCGCUCAGUGGGCUUCCAAUGGACAGCAACCUUCAAGUCCCAACUGGGGCCUCUUGUCUCCGUGCACAGAUGGCCCCUCAUGCUGGCCUCUGGGCUGUGAGCUUUGUAGGAAGGACAAUAAGGUCAACCCCGUCUUUGCUGGAAAGUUUCCUUAACUUGAAUGUUGAGCUUCUUCUAGAGCCUUCUCACAUGUCUUCACUAUUCCUCUUACUCAGAGGCUCCUGCGUCAAGGGUGCACCGUUAUCUUUGCGUUGGAAUAACAACCUAACUGGGAGCAGAGUCCUUAAGUCAUGCUCUCCUCCCUCGAGAUGCUCUGCGUGUCCCUCCCCUGUCUCUUGUCCUGGACCACUUCUCUGCAGGCCCAGGUGCAGGUUCUGUGCGUUUGCUGCCUGGAUGCCAGGACAGGAGAGGGGCAAAGCAGGCAUGGGUGAUGGAUUUGGUCACUGUUCUCUCUGUAACUAUGACAGAAGUCCUGCCCUGGGGGUGACAGAAGGGGUGACCUUGAUUUUCAGAUUGUUUUACCUGCCCACUGACAGGCGCUUUGGUUCAAGGGCCCCACCUAGUCUUGAGGGGGGAGGCACUGUUGGUUCCAUUGCCCGGGGUACCAUUAAUGCAUCUCACCCCUCUCUGGCUCUCUCUUCACAAAGACGGUGUGUGAGAGAGUACUUUUGCCUCACGCCCACUCCUCAGCUGGGAGGGGGGAAGGUGUGAGUCUGGUCAGCAGUUCCAGCCAACCGAGUAGCUCCUCUUCAUCCUCGAUGGGAUGGUCUGUGUCCUUUCCCAGGUCUCUCCUCAGCCCCAGGCCCUUAGCCACUCUCGCAUCUGUCCACCCUUGGCCCCACUAAAUGGUCUUCUGGUGGGUGCAGCCUAGACUGUAAUCCGGCCGUGCUGGCCCUGGCAGUGCUCUGUGCUGUGGGGCAGGGAUUCCUCCUUUGUCUAUUUUCUACUUGUCAUUUUGUCAGACUGCAGCCACCCAUCUUGGGAGUGGUGUGUAACUGAUGGAGUGAGUGUAAGCUGAGUUAUGGCUGCUUGCUGUCAAGGGAGAGGUUGAACCCAGUUCUGCCGCAUCCAUCCAGCCAAGGGGACGCUGGGUCUCUGUGUGGGGCAGGGCUGCGGUGGGGUACAGAUCCCAUAUGGUCACAGGUUUGGGCUGCCUUCUAUCCACUCAGCUUCUCUUAUCCCCACAGUCAUGGGCAGGGACAGGCCUGGACACCACGGCUCAAGCCCCCGCUGCAGCAUUAUGUGGUCCCCCUCUCACAGACACAGAGUUCCUCAGACACUUUCCCACCACUCUUGGUGGGUGCUGGCUGCAUGGAAGACAGUGAUGGGAGACAGAUACUGGUCUGCCCCCUUCUCCUUGGCUCCUUCAGCUCCUACUGCAGAUUCUGCACAGAACUAUCCUCUGUUCACCCCCUUGGGAACCCAGGCCACUUCCAGGAGCUGAGUAGAUGUCCCAGGUAUCUUCGUGUGUUGUGUCUAAGAGGCUGUGACCGAUGCUCUUAGCUUCACAUUCUUUAGCGUCCCAAGGCUCUGGUGGUGGGGGUUGGGGGUGUGGAUCUGGAUGACUCGGGAGUGCUAACCUUUCCUCCUGACCUUUACAAGGUCACAUCAUUUUCCUUCUGCAUUUAAUAUACUUGCUGGUGGAGAAGGGGACGUGCUUCAAGACAAAGAUUCAAAUGAAGGGAAGGGAAAAGCUGCUUGGACCGAUUGCUGAGUCAGACAUCAAGCUCUGAGAUCUGAACAAGUCGGCUCUCUUCUCCAUUCUGCUUUUGCCAUCUGACCUCAGGUUUGUCUCUUAGUCCUUCUCAAAUUUCCUUCUGGUAAAAGCCACCAUCACCUGCUUCCCUCCCAAGGACAAGAAAGUGUGUAUCAGAGCAGGUUCGUGAAGCCGAUGGCUCCCUGCCAGCGACGGGGACGGAACUGCUGAGGUUGACAGUGUAGUUCUUACCACCUUUGCCCCAAGGGGACUUUCGAACUCUAGCUUCUGGAAGAGGAGUGAUUUGGAGUUGGCUGAUGCGACAAAUGGGGCCCCUGGUCAGGCACAUGCUCUUCUCCUGCAUUUAUGUAGCACCUGGUGUUUAAGCAUCCUUCCUGAUUCCCCCCAUUUAACUGGUCAGGCUGGUCAUCCCUACCAUUAGUGUCUUACAGAGGAGGAAAUGGGAGAUGGGGAGCUGAAGGCAGCCUCAGAAUGACAGUUCCAAAUCUCAUGUCUUGGAGUCAUUCCGAGAGUCUGACUUGUUUAGGGACUGGAGUCAGGCAGGUUCCUGGAAGGAUCUUUGGGAAAGGGUCUGCUGGCCCUCAGGACCCAUGUCAUGGUGUGGGUUCCUCACCAGGCCCUCAGACCACAGUUGCUUAGACAUACAGGACACUUCAGGGCAUCAUGGCCUGAGCUGGUGUCAAUGCCCUUGCUCCAUAGCCCCAUUGGAGGCUCCUCCCCCACGAAGAGGGAGGCCACCCCAGAGUAUUCCUAACUCUGCAAGCUCACUUUGAACAAAGCACGGAAGUGCGGGUACUGAAGACUGGGUGGCUGCGAGUGGUGCACUUCAGGAUUGAAAUGUCCAUGAGGUACCUCCCCACCCCGUGAAUGCAGAACCUGACCUUUCCUGCAAGCGUUUCGUUAAGCCUGUGCCUUUGAUUCAGAUGUCCGAGGGCCCCGUCGGGCAGGUCAGACACACUAUUGCCUCUUAAAGAAUUUUGGCGAAGAAGCAGGUGCUGCCACUUCAGUAGUGCUAGGCUUUUCCUGAGGGCUCUGCCAGAGAUGGCGGACCCGGGUCAAGGGGAGGUUGUAAGUGAACCUGGGAGGUGGGAGCAGCAGGAGUCUGGUCAUCUGAGCUGCCUGCCUGCUAGUGGUAUGACAUUGCACAGGUGUCUCCCCCUCUCUGGACCUCUGAGCCCAGCUGUGAACCAAGGCAUGAAGCUUCUCCAACUUGAAAACGUGGUCCUGGGUCCCUUAUCCAGCACUGAUAAGCCUCCCCUUGCUAGGUUGCUUCCCUUUGUAGAGAACUCUGUGUGUGCGUGCAUGUGUGUGUUUGUGUGUGUAUGUGUGUGUGGUUGGAGGUCACAACAGUCGAGUAUUGGCAGUUCUGUGUUGGCUGGACCCACUGGACCACCUGCCACUCUGCUGCCUUCAGGCCUGGGAAGACUUCUUGUCCAGCUACAGCUACGCUGAGGAACACAUUCCCACGUGUCACUUUUGGUUCAGGCAGAUCACAGUUUUCUUAGGUCAGAAAUUCAAAAGUGACUAAAAAUCCACAUCAGAAGGGAAACCCACUGCUGCUUCCCAGGAGGCCUCAGUCCCUGGCUUCUCCCUGGCCUUACCGCCUGGGUAGGAGCCACCCCCAGGCACUGGCGUUGGAAGACAGGAGGCAGAAACUGGAGUCCUGGCUGAGGGAGGCUAAUUACCAGGGCUUGGGCUUCUGGUUGGCUGUGCCAGGUGAGCCUCUCCUCCGCUUCUCAGACUUUUCCAUCUGUCCUGAUGCGCUAUUGACAGGCCCCUCCUCUUCCUUUGACCAUUUCGGGUCUUGGGCCCUGGGAGUGCCCUGGCCUCCCUGGGCUGCUCCUUGAUCUGGAGCCAGUAGGACUGGUCCUUCCUGAUUCUUCCUGGCUGUGUUCCCUGCAUCCUCUGCCCGUGGCCUUGCUUUGGGUCUUUUGCUCAUGACUACAGCCAGAAAUAGAGAAGAGCCUUGGGGCCCAACUGGUCACGGAGCCAGGAGCUUUUCUCCUCCUCUCUUCGUUUCUCUUGGAAACAGACUUUCCGCUGACCCGUCCUUCCUCCUGACGGGUCUGACCCACCCUCCCUUUAAACACCCACAGCCUAGUUUUACCAGGCUGAUUGGCAAGCAUGGACCUGGCAAUUGCAUUGGUAUCUCGGGCCAGAAAGUCAGAGUACAUCCAAUCCCAGAGGUUCAGGGACAGGCCCUUCUUACUGGGAUGUGUGGAGUGGACAUCCAGGAAAUCCGAAGCCAGAGGUCAGACUGGCUCAUCAAGAGGGGUCCCGGGGAGUGGUGCGCCCAUGGGUAUGAUGGCCUUGCUCUGCGCUUGCUAAACUCCAAGACUGAGUUUCAGAAGCAAUAUGUUGUCCAUGUUCCUAAAAUCCUUCCUACCCAGGUACCUGCUUUGGCAGAUCCUGACUUUCUUUAAAAUUUUGAUACUGUGGUCACCAUCAGGUUUUUUUCAUUAAUUUUAAUUUUUAAAAGUAUUGCACUGAAACGUGAUGUGUCCCCAUAACAGGGUUUUUGGUGCCCUCUUACAGUUUACAUCCAAGGCAAGUGCCAUCCUCAUCUUAUCCUAGUCUCAGCCCUGCCUGGCCCUCACCUGGAUCUGUGAGCAAGCUCAGGCAGAAUUGUCAAGUAGGUUUUAGGUUUUUUUUUUCCAGUUGCCCUUCUUCCCUUCAGGUCCUGAGUUCGGUGGUAUCUCUCUGGAAGUGUCUGUGUUCAGUUAGGAAUGUGUUCCCUUAACAGUGAAACACCUGGGGCCGCUUUCAACCUUGGACUUUGUUGCAGGGUUGCAAGGGUGACUUUUCCUUGAUGGCCCCCAGCUUCCUUUCAGCCUCUCUGAAACCCUAAGGCCAGGUACACGUGUGUAUGUGUCUUAAGAGAAAAGGAAGUGAUUACGUGGAGAGGAUUCUUUCUCCCCUGAGACCCCUUUGGGACCUCUUGGAGUUUGCAGAGAUGUGAAUGAAUCAUUCUUCCUCCCAGGUUGAGCAAGAACGGAGGGGGACAGGGGCGUUUUCCCUCCGCUGCAUCCCUAGCACUGUGCCUGGUCCACAGUGACCUUCGGAAUGCCAGCCGUCCCACCACCUCCACCAGUAAGGUUUUCAUUACCAUUAUUCUCUGUCAUCUUUAUUCUCCUCGUCAUUUAUCUUUCCCUCCAGUUCUGGAAGCCAUGCUGGCUGUGGCUCUUUUCUUCAUCACUGUUAGAAUGAGGCAUGGGUUUAUCCUGGCCUGGAUAUGGGGACUAACAAUAUAUUAUGUGAAACCAUUAUAUUUCUUCUAGGCAGAAGAGAUUUAUAUUUUUUCUCUUUUUUGGAACUCAACAAUAAUCCUAGGGGGUGGGGCAUAAGGUAUUACCUCCAUCUAGGAUGUGGAAACCAAGGCUCAGAUAGUUAUGUUACAUGCCUAAGAUCACGUGGCUAGGAAGCCGUGGUGCUGCUCUCCUUGGUUCCAGAGCCAUCUCUCUUUUGCUUCCAAGCAUGUUUUAGACCACGGUUUAGAAACUCUGGGAGAAAAUCCGCCUGGCUUAGGUGUGCUGAGGCUCUGAGAUGGCUCUUUGUCCAAGGAGUUGUCCUGCGGCUAACCCAUCAUCUGCCUUCAUGACCAGAGACACCCAGCGGGACCUGCAACCUCCCUGGAGCUCAGCCGCGCCCCCUCUGCUUCUGGCUGCUCCCUCCACCAUUUCCUCUCCACGAUUGUUCAGGGACCGUUCCACAUUGGGGUUGAACGUGUGGAUCCUCUGGCUCUCCUCCAAGGACCACUGAAGCCCCGUGGGCCUCUCUCCGGUUUCCAGCCCACCCUUGCCCCGUUACUGCUCUUUGCUGCAGCUUCAACCCAGUCUCUCCCAGCCUCUUGAGUUUGGAAGCCUUAGUGUGGCUCCUCAUGAAAACUUGAAAUCAGGCUUUUGCCUUUUUAUUGUAUCAAAACAAACAAACAAAAAAACCAUGCCCUUGGUACCCAGUUGUAGCCAAGAAGGGAGGUGAUGAACUUGACAACUUUCUCCUAAUCUCCCCCACUACCCAUCCUGAACACACACAUGAACAUAUGCUCACGCUCACAGGCAUGCUCACACACUCACCCAGGUUUAGUCUGAGACUGUGUCUGUAUCUCCUAGAGGAUUAAGGAAAGGAGCUGGAGAUGGGUUUUAUUUAAUUCACAGAAAAGCUUUCUUUGGGAUUCUCCUCCCCAUUGGAGCCUCUGGGUCCCGGUAAAGUGGAAGUUCACCUACACGUUGGUUUUGUUCCUCCUACUUUGCAUCUCUAGGCCUUCCCCGCUCUGGCGUCUUGUCCAUGUGUGCUCACCCUGUGUCCUUGAAUGCCCAUUUUGCUUUGGGAUUUAAGUUAUUGUAAUUUGUCAACAAUAUUUAAAAAUAGAAAAGUCCUGAAGGAAAUGUAUCAGGUUCUUUUCUUUGGCUUUUUUUUUUUUUUUUUUCCAAGGUACUGUAAAUUGUUAACUAGGGUUGCCAAGCAGGCUUGGUUCAAUGGCUAAACCUCUUAGCGUAUUACAGUGUCAUGCUGAUCUCAGCCUGGUCUCACCACCAGAACACACACAGACUUGAAUAAAACUGUUAUAACAAUGA